UUCCUUCGUCCAGAAACUGCACAGCAGGACCCCUGUCUUGGGGCUCAACCGCGCCAAACCCCUGCUACAGAGUUUUACAACAAAAGACAACAACUUGGAAAGUGUUUUAGUGAAGUUACGGGGGAAUUUAACACUGGACGGGGAGAGAACAAAGGGGAGGGACGGUCUGAGUUGAUGGACUCGGGGAUGAGAUAGUGCUCAUAACUAACCCCAUCUCCUCAUCCUUCGCUGUCGGACCGACGGUUCUUUUUCCUUUCCGGAUGAUGUAACAGUUUUAUGACAGACUGGGCUCGGAUGAAUCCUCGCCGCUGACGAAGUGCUCACAUUUUCCUCUAAUUAUUAGCGCACGGUGAUAUCCGACGGCAACCCGCAUCCUCUGGUUUUAGGAGCCAGGUUUCGGUGAGCGGGCUCAGCUCAGCAGGACGUUGCGAGGUGCUCAACUGGCUGUUCCCCGGGGUCGAGGAGCGGUGCAGUCAUGUGGCAGAGGAUUCAGAUUUGUUGGGCACUGUUUGCACUGUAUUCAGCUGCACCGCCUGCACACAUCAACCGCCUGGCGCUGUUCCCUGACAAGAGCGCCUGGUGCGAAGCCAAGAACAUCACACAGAUAGUCGGGCACACGGGAUGUCAGCCUCGCUCUAUUCAAAACAGAGCUUGUCUGGGCCAGUGUUUCAGUUACAGCGUCCCCAACACAUUCCCACAGUCAACUGAGUCCCUGGUGCACUGUGACUCCUGCAUGCCUGCCCAGACACAGUGGGAAGUGGUGACCCUCGAGUGCCCUGGCAGUGAAGACUCUCCUCGUGUGGACAAGCUGGUGGAGAGGAUCUUCCACUGUAGCUGCCAGUCCUGCAGUAAGGAGGGUGGCCAGGAGGGGGCGGUGAUGCAGUUGUAUCCAGCAGACAAAGUCCUGGACGCUCCAUCUUUAUCUGACACCCUCAGCGGUGCUCAGUCUCACCCUCUGCCACCUUCUGACACACACUCUAAUAAGCAUGCUCACCCACACACUGACCAUCACACACUACCACAUACAUCAGAUGGAGGGUAGGUACAACUCUUUUUGUCACUUUGCAGCUCUCCUGCCCUCUCUCUUCCACACCACAUCCUUUGUAACAAUCUGUAGUAUUGUAAAGGCACUUUGAAAAUAUGGCUUAACUUUGUGUUGAAACGUUUCUCUAAAGAUACACACACACACAC